CACCAUCAUAUCGUCUCGGAAAGCCACUUGCUGCCUCCCCCCGGAAAAUAGCCAUCACGGGCAGCGCGCCCACAAUUACCUACAGGCUUCAAGCAGACUUGUCGUUUACAAAACUGGUGAGAAAGUCCUUUCCUUCUCCCUUCCGUCCUAUCAGUCGAGUGGCCGCACAUCGUUUUGUCUUUACUGGGCCUUACCCGCCCAUAGUUCCAUCCUGUAUUCCAGCAAAAUGAAAUGUGGAUAGACUUCAUGGCAGUGCGCAGGAGUGGCUUGGAAACAUGGAAUCUCGGUAGCGCACCGUGCACGGCGGGGAGCCCUCGUAACCUGCUCACACUCGAACAUCAUUGACUGCGUGCUGCUAGCUACCACCCAUGGAGCUGUCUAUCACAAGCGUCCUGCGUGGCCUCUUGGAGCGAUGUGCAAGAGAUCUCUUCGUUCUCUGCCACUUCAGUCUCUCUGCUCCUGACCUUGAAUGAUGUCACUGAAGCGAUGUAUAGUACCUUCACCAUGGCCGACGGAUCACUCCACAGCCUCACCAGCACGUUGGCUACUCAACAAUCUCUUGCUGCACCUGAACCCUCGCAGCAACCGGCAGGUACCGCUCCGGUUGCGCCUCCACCUCCCCAGCUCAACGGUGCACCACUCGUGCUGGGCCCAGACACCAUUAUUCCGGAAGUUCCUGUGAAACGCAAGCCUGGCCGCCCGAAAGGCAGCGGGAAAAAGCAGCUCGAUCCAAACGCAGAGCCGAAACCCAAGCGGCCAGUGGGACGUCCGAGGAAGGAUGGACUCCCUGCGGGCUCGGUAGGCCCCAAGCGACCAGGACGGCCUCGCAAACGGCCACCUGGCUCCUUUGCGAGCGGAGGGCAGUCUACUGCAUGGAGAGCCUCUGUGCCGCCUAUGGGCUCACUUCCUGCGGGGCCGCCUCCGCCUCCGCCUCCUCCCGCGGCUCAGUUGGCAUUCCACAUUGACCCCAACCUGGAUAGAGACAACUGGACUGAGCUUUCCCGCACCCGGCCGGACGUAUUCCUCUCUGCGCUGGUGGCUGCUCUCUCGGCGCCCAACCCAGUGUCGCACGCUGGUCCGAGCGUAGAGGACGCCUUCCGUUCGCAUCUUGCAUCCCUAGCGCCUGCCAGCAAGAACACGCCGUCGAUCCCUACGCUGUACUCCGUGCUCAAGACAUUCUGGCUGCCAUCUUCCCCCGUGUACUUCUCCCUGACGGCCUCUGCGUCCACUGCGCGCACACCAUCGGACCAUCGGUUUCUAUACUGGGACCCGCAGCCACUCGUCUUCAAUGGCAUCGCCUGUCCCGCCUGUAGUACCCCGCUCAUCAAUCGCGGCCGCAUUAGCUCGGGCCCUAUGAAGGUACACGACCUGGGCAAGCCGUUUUUCAUCAUCGGCUGCGAGUACGUGUGCAACGGUCAGACGUGCGUCCAGCAGACGUCGCCGGACGGCAGGAAGUUCGCGAGCACGGAUGCAUCCAUCCUGCGCUCGCUUCCAUCGAAACUCCAGGACGAGUUCCCCGCGUACCUCCUGCAGGGCGCGCCGGACCUCGGCACUGGCCCAGAGAUAUGGAACUGGCAGGGCAUGGGCGUGUCGAUCGCUCUGUGGAACAUGGUGCACGCGUGUUUGCGAGCAGGGCUGAGGAAGGAGCCCAUCGUUGAUAUCAUACACGCAGUGCAGGACCCUGUCAAGGACGAGAACGUUCGGCAGAUGCAGAUGCAGCUCCAGAUGCAGAUGCCGCCGCCUGCGCCUCCCCCGCAAGCCUCCAUCUCCGCGCCUCCUGUUCUUGAGCAACCGGAUGAGCCAGAGGAAGAGGAGGAGAACGAAGACGCCACACGCGUCGAGGGUGACCUCGAGUACCCAAAGGAUGUGAGUAUGCACACUUGGUGCACUUUACUGACCGACCACUCAUCUCAGCCACAGCCCGCGGAGGAAUACAACGAGGCUUGGAAUGCCAACAACGGCACGGCGGAAGCGGAGGCCGCGCAGCCGCAGGCGGGGCCUAGCAAUGCGCCAGACACCAACGGCCAGCCGGCUGCUGCGCCUUCUAUCAGCCAGGGCCCGCCUGCACCCACGAAUGGGGCGGCCCCGCCUCCGCCCCCCCCCGCCCCCGCCACAUCGUACGGGCCAUACCCGUACCCGCCGUACCCGUACUUCCAGCCGCCGCCGCCGCCGCCGGACCCAAACGCGGCGAACCCAAACCCAAACCCUAAUCCGAACCUGCUGAAGCGCACGUUUCGAUCGUGGAUGGCUCGCCGGACCAGGAAGCGCAUCCGGCACUGCUGCAAGUGCGGUUCGAAUGAGUGCAAGGGCAAGGGCGGGCGCGCGUUCUGCACGAACCCGUGCCAGGACUGCGGAAGCUCUCGUCGACCGGAUAGGACGUGCUCGGAUGCGUGGCCGUGAUGGCUGGUGAGGAGAGAAGGUGGAAGUGUCGGUGUCGGACGACGACCUGUGUAAGUAUCGUAUGUUGGUUCUUGCGCUGUCAUCCAUGAGGUUAUGAUGUGUAGGCUGUGUAUUUUUCUAUGCCACUGGGCCAAGUUCUGUAUUUCUUUUUCUCAUACUUAAGAUAUAGCUCUUGUUAUGCCAAUCUCAUUCCAAUUCCGAUCCGAUCCUUAAUGGGCGGAUUGCUUCGAAUGCGGCUGGUGUUCCGCUUGAUACGGUAUCGUGUCUACUCUCCGUUUUCUUUUUCGUUUUCGUUUUCCCAUAGAUAUUUCUCAUCUGCUCUCAGUGGAGCACCUUGCUACUGCAUACCCAUAAAUUGCGUGGUCUCGCUUACACUCUUCAUAGUCGAAGCUCACCAAUUUGAGGCUUUGAAGGUUGGGAUUAUGACUGUCACUCCUAAGCGUUGACC